AAACAAUGCAUUAUGUGACAGUAAGUGAAACGAUUAUAAGACAGUGAACAUGGUUUACAAUACCAUCUAUUGCGCAUUAAAGGAACAUACGUUUGGGAUAAAAUGUUCUUGUUUACCAGUAUGCGCUGAGGCAUGGUUAAAAAGUAAAUAUUCUCAACCAACAUGGAACAGGCCUUUUUGUUUGCAAAGAGGUAAAAAGGCGGAAAAGAAAGAGGAUCUGAACCGGUUUCCAUGUCAAACACUUCAAUUCUCCAUAGAAACUCUGAUCUUAACGCAGAAACUUUAUUAAACCUUGAUGGUGGAUUGAUAAGGCCGAAUUUCUAUCGGUUCCUUUUUAUUGUGGAGACGGGGAGGGAUGGCAGCUAAAUUGCUCUUUUAAUUAAACCAAUGCACCGAAGGAAAUUGCUGUCUGAAUAUUGUCUAAGAGAUGGGGCUUGUGACAGUUGCCUGGAAACUUCAAUCUGUCUCACAUUUAUUCCAGAUCACAGUUUUGAGAUAAAGUUUAAUAAAAAUCUUUGCGCCAAUGAAAGCCUACCCUUUCACGUCCACCACCACCACCACAAUGCGACAGAACUGCGGAGGAAGCCUUAUGUUUAACAUGUAUCUCUCAGACCCCACAGAAAAUCUUCUGAAGGAAAGCAAAAGCUCUUCUUGGACCCCCAUCAACACAGGCGUGCAGAAAGGAAGUGGACAAAUCCAGCUAUGGCAGUUUCUCCUGGAGCUGCUGUCUGACAGCGCCAAUAUGACAUGCAUUGCCUGGGAGGGGACCAAUGGAGAGUUUAAACUCAUAGACCCGGACGAGGUGGCCCGACGGUGGGGAGAACGCAAGAGUAAACCGAACAUGAACUAUGACAAAUUGAGCCGCGCUCUUCGCUAUUACUACGACAAAAACAUCAUGACCAAGGUGCACGGAAAACGCUACGCGUACAAAUUUGACUUUAACGGACUGGCGCAAGUGUGCCAGCCCUCUUCAACUGAACAAGCUAUUUAUAAGUUCCAGAGCAACUUCGCUCCCAUCCAGUUUUCAGGCAUUUCCAAACUCAAUCUGGUUGCGCCAGGUGUUGGUCCGUCGGGGUUCUCCUACUGGCCCGGAUCUCCUCCCACCCUCUACCACAGCCACAACCUGCAACCGCCAGGAGCCUUCGGUGCCGUGUCUGCGUCACAUUUAAGUUGCGUAAACAAUAUCAAUACUUUAAACAACCUGAAUAAUAUCAACACUCACUAUAAUUGAUUUUUUUUUUCCCUUGGUGCGCGUCGAUAUAGCCAAAAGCGCAAACUGAUCAGCCAAGCGCAAUCACUCCAGAUAAGACCGUAGCCUAAUAAUUUACAAUAGGCAUUGAAUAGGCCUUAACUUCUUUACUCGAUUGAAAACGAUAAUUGCGGCUGAACAUAUGGAGGACUGUUGUGUUGACCACUUUAAGAUAAGAAAACAAUUUAGCGCCAUCUUAUGGAUAACGAAUAACAUGGCUAAUUUGCCUUACCUCCCAAACCUUUGAGGUCAACAAAAGAGAAGACAAAAUUAAGGUAGGCUAUGUUGGAGAAAAGACUACAUGGUAGAACAAAUGGUUAAGAAGCAAAAACGUCUUGGCACACCUGUGCAAUCGAGCAUAUAGUUCACUCUUAGCCCGUAUGGAGCGCUUUAAUUUUCGUUAUUUAUUUACGAUAGUGACUGUGUGUGUGUUGGUCGAAACAUUGGGCAUAGGGAGGACGUUGUGGGUCUGAAAAUUAGGCAUAGGCCUACAUUUUCAAAAGUGUAGGCCUAUAUCCUAAUAAAUCGUAAAGAAUAACUAGCCUAUGUUUUUUUUUUUCCUGUAGCCUAUUGGUAUUAUGGAAGCUUGU